UCUUUGAUAAUUAAAUUGAUAGUCUGUUUAGGAAGUGAAGUCCACCUUUUAUAUUGUACGUGUCCUCCUCUUCAAAGUCCACCGCCAAAUCCAAUACAUGUACCUACCCUUCUAUCAAUCUCUCUUAAAUUUAGGCCAUUAGGCUGAGUCUGUUUCUAAAUUCUAAUUUCUAAAGUCACUCUGAUGGGGAGCAUUAACGAGCCACUAUUGCCGGAAUCGACAACCACAGAAGUUGGACUCGAAGAAAAGAAAGAUCUUUCAUCAAGGGUGUGGAUUGAAUCCAAGAAGCUAUGGCAAAUCGUGGGUCCCGCCAUCUUCAGCCGCAUCGCUUCUUACACCAUGAACGUUGUCACCCAAGCCUUCGCUGGCCACCUUGGUGAAGUUGAACUUGCUGCUAUUUCCAUUGCCAACACUGUCAUCGUUGGCUUCAAUUUUGGCCUACUGUUAGGGAUGGCAAGUGCGUUAGAGACAUUGUGUGGGCAAGCAUUUGGUGCGAAGAGGUACCACAUGUUGGGAAUAUACAUGCAAAGGUCAUGGAUUGUGCUAGUCCUAUGUUGUUUCUUGCUACUACCCUUCUACGUUUUCGCCUCUCCGCUGCUGAAACUCAUAGGACAACCCGAUGACGUGGCAGAGGCUUCAGGUGUGGUGGCUUGUUGGUUAAUACCAUUGCAUUUCAGCUUUGCGUUUCAGUUCCCCUUGCAAAGGUUCUUGCAGUCCCAGCUGAAGAACAUAGUGAUUGCUUGGGUUUCUUUGGUGGGUCUGUUGGUGAAUGUGUUGACUAGUUGGCUAUUCAUUUAUGUGUUGGAUCUUGGCCUUGUGGGUGCGGCUCUUGCUUUGGAUAUCUCCUGGUGGGUUUUGGUUUUUGGAUUGUACGGCUAUACUGCCUUUGGUGGCUGUCCUUUGACUUGGCAUGGGUUCUCCACUGAAGCCUUUUCUGGCCUAUGGGAAUUUCUCAAACUCUCUGCUGCUUCUGGGGUUAUGCUGUGCUUGGAGAAUUGGUAUUACAGAAUACUAAUAUUAAUGACUGGGUUCCUACAAAAUGCCACUUUAGCCGUGGAUGCGUUGUCAAUCUGCAUGACUAUCAAUGGCUGGGAGAUGAUGAUUCCUUUGGCUUUUUUUGCUGGUACCGGAGUUAGGGUAGCCAAUGAGCUAGGAGCUGGGAAUGGCAAGGCAGCACAAUUCGCAACAAUAGUCUCCGUAAUACAAUCGAGUGUGAUUGGGAUCUUUUUUUGCGCUCUAAUUAUGAUACUCCAUGACAAGUAUGCUUAUUUAUUCACAACCACCACUGAAGUGCUUGAAGCAGUUGAUAAGCUCACUGUUCUAUUAGCUGUUACAAUUCUCCUAAACAGUGUUCAACCUAUUUUAUCAGGAGUGGCUGUUGGAUCGGGAUGGCAGGCAUGGGUUGCAUAUAUAAAUCUGGGCUGCUACUAUGUCGUUGGGCUCCCACUUGGACUUGUAAUGGGAUUGGUUUUCGACCUUGGAGUUAUGGGUAUCUGGGGUGGUAUGAUUUUGGGUGGGACUGCAAUCCAAACAGUGAUUUUGGCUAUCAUAACAGCACGCUGCGAUUGGGAAAAGGAGGCUGAGAAAGCUAGCAUUCGCGUAAAUAAAUGGUCAAGUCAUAAGCCACGAGAUGAAGUAGAAGAUCAAUCGGAGGUCCAACAAUGACAGCAAUUUUGAUGGAUUUUGGAUUUUUUUUUUUCACUUUUAGGUGCACCAGCCCGCGGUGUAUACUCCCUAAUAAUAUACAAUUCUUCUGCUAAUCCAGUUUUGGAUAAUUGAUUUUUAAGGGGUUCUUUAGCUUGGAAAAAUGGGGUUGCAAUCAUAAUCGACGGAGAUGUGCUACGUUCACAAUAUUUUUAUAACACUUUCACAAUAAAUCGUAAAUGAUAAGUUGUUAUUGGUUCUAA